CCCUUGUUUCCAUGUCUCGGUCUCGCUCCCGCUUAAUUUCGCGUCCCAAAACAACUUCCACGAAUAUUUUGUGAUCAUUUUUAAUCAGUUAUUUACACUUAUCUCUAAAUCUACAUAAAUACUUAUCAACAAUACAAGCGUAAUCUGAUCGUGUGGACAUGUUAAUGUGAUAGGUUUAAAUUAGUCGGUUAAGUUGUGAGAAUGUUGUCGCGAUACGUGGUGUCGCAAGUGAAACAUAAUUCCUACUUCCUGGUGGGUUUGGGGGUAGGGCUAUGGCUUGCACUGGCGACGGUACCCUUCGACGAGGACGUGGUGGCUUGUGACGCGGUCACAUUGGCAGCUCCAGACGAAUAUGAGCCUCAACGUGAAGAACGACCGCUCGGGUCCAGGAGUCAGCCCGGCCGAAGUGUCCAAAGGCCGCGGUAUUACAGUACUGAGCUUGGAAUGCGCAGCGGACUUCUUACAGGUGUUCUCAGUUCAGAGGAAGUGCUUGAAACUCGAGCAGCGGCACUUAAUAGAACAGCAGCCCGCUUACAACCCGCGUUACGUUUCUUUAUCACCGCUAGUGCCCUACAAGAAGCCCCUGGCCGAGCCAAUGUUGUUGGUUUCACAGACACGAGGGAAAUGCUCAAACCAUUCCAUGCACUCAAAUAUUUAGCUGACAAUUACUUGGAGGAGUAUGAUUUUUUCUUUCUUGUGUCGGAUAUGUCCUUUGUGAACUCCCGUCGCUUGCAAGAGUUGGUCUCUAAAUUGAGCGUCAGUCAAGACAUCUACAUGGGCACUGUAGCUGAUGAUGAUACACAGUACUGCACACUGGAGGGUGGUAUACUACUGUCAAACUCAGUGCUGAGGGCUAUACACAGUGAACUGGACUGGUGUGUACGAAACUCGUACUCUCCUCACCAUCAUGAGAAUCUUGGCCGGUGUGUGCUUCACGCUGCCCAUUUGUCCUGUGUCAGUCAAGUACAGGGAGAGAGCUAUAUGUCGGUGCACGUGAACACGGCAGGCAACGGCGUGGGCGGGAUCCUGUCGCCGGCGCUGGCUGACGCUGUGGUGGUGCAGCCUGCCAUCGAGCCGAGCCACUUCCACCAGCUACUGGCGUACAUCUCACGGGUGUAUCUAGAACGUGCUCAAUUAAGCAUAGCGCGCGAGAGAGGGCAGGCUGCGUGGAGCUCGCGACACCACCCGCGCGGAUACCGCAACGCGUCGUGGCCCGCCGCGCUGCGGGAGGACGCCGGGCUCGCCACGCCCAGACCGCCUACAAGGUUCGACCACUUGCGCUGGACGCGGUUCAACACCACGCACGCCUUCAUGCCGGACGACCACCGCGUGGUGGCGCCGCUCACUAGCGCUUACAAAGAGGCUGUGCAUUUGAUACUGGAAGAAGCUCGUGCCUGGGCAGCAAAUAGAUGGAGCGCCGUGGCUGACGCACAGGAGACUGAUGCAGUCAGCAAGAUAUCGCCCGAAGAUAUCUCGCUGGAAGAGGGCGCGUGGUGCUGGGAGCCGCCCGUCGCGCUGCGGUACAGGCUCCUGCUGCGACUGCCUACGCGACAGGCCGAUGGCACAGCGAACCCCCGCGGGGCACUGGUGCAGGUGGAAGCAGCGCGCGCGUUGGGCGCAGCACGCUUGGCGCCGGCACGCUACGUGACGGAGAGCGCGCGCGUCACGCUGCUGCUGCCGCUGCCCGCCGAGCACGCGUCGCUGGCGGCCGACUUCCUGCACAGAUACCACACCGUGUGCCUGCAGAAGGACACCAACACCGCGCUCAUUGUGGUGAGGCGUCACGCUGACGGUGACGGCACAGCGAGCCCCCGCCUGGCCCCGCGCGACGUGACGGAGAGCGCGCGCGUCACGCUGCUGCUGCCGCUGCCCGCCGAGCACGCGUCGCUGGCGGCCGACUUCCUGCACAGAUACCACACCGUGUGCCUGCAGAAGGACACCAACACCGCGCUCAUUGUGGUGAGGCGUCACGCUUGCGUCACGCUUGUGUGUCAGGCUGACGGUGACGGCACAGCGAGCCCCCGCCUGGCCCCGCGCGACGUGACGGAGAGCGCGCGCGUCACGCUGCUGCUGCCGCUGCCCGCCGAGCACGCGUCGCUGGCGACCGACUUCCUGCACAGAUACCACACCGUGUGCCUGCAGAAGGACACCAACACCGCGCUCAUUGUGGUGAUAGUCCCAAGAAUCGAGUGGCCGAAGAAUGCGGACAACACAACAGUGCUAGCGAUACGCAAAACGGAUAACUCGACGCUGCAAAUAAUGCGUAACACAGUGAAGAACUUCACGGAGAAGUUCCGCAACUCGCAGAUAGAUAUCCUGGAGGCGCCAGAUGUGGCCGUGCCUUGGGGAGAAGGCCGUAUAUGGAGUGACACGGAGAUACAGAAGCACGCGGCUCGCUCAGCUUUGAGUACUGCUUUGCCGAAGUUACAGCGUGACGCGUUGUUAUUACUCUCCCUUCCAUAUAUGGAGUUUACUGAGGACUUCCUCAAUAGAGUGCGCAUGAACACAAUACGCGGCGAGCAGUGGUUCCUGCCGCUACCGUUCGCGCGGUACGCCCAGUUCGCGAACCCGCUAUUUGUCGACGCGGCGGGCGCCAAGCCCACGCAGAACACGGGCCGCUUCCCCACGCUCGCCGCGCCGCUCGUCAUAUCCUUCUAUCGGCAGGAUUAUGUCGCAGGCUUAGAAUCCUGGCGCACAAACGGCGGAGGCAGAGACGUGGAGGCAGCGGAUGUACUAGCCGCAUCCCCUCUGCGUUGUAUCCGUGCUCCUGAACCAGCUUUCCUCCUACCGCCAAGGGAUGCGCCGUGCACCCCCUGCAACCCUGUGCCACCCCCUCAGAACACAACAGACCCGGCGAUAGAAGCACAAGCAGCAUGCCUCCGCAGGGAGCGCGACCGGGGCUUCCCAGACCUCCAACUUGGAGCGAGGCACGCUCUAGCCAAACUCCUUCUACAAACGCAAGCUGAUGUCUCGUGAUAUAACUGUGACCGGUAGUGUUAGAAAUAAAAUGUGAUUCUAUGUAUACUACUAUAGCUUGGAAACUUCGUAACGCUCACGAUGUUGCGCGCGAGGAGGGGGGGUGGCGGGUUUCACCUACCGACAAAGAUGUACCGCCAAGCGAAUUAGCGUCCCCGUACGAUGUCGUGUAGAAACCGAAACGAGUGUGAAUUUUCAUCCUCCUCCUAAGAGAUUAGCCCGUUUCCAUCUUAGAUUGUAUCAUCAUUUACCAUCAGGUGAGAUUAUAGUCAAGGGCUAACUUGUAAAGAAAAAAAAAGAACUUGCCAAACUAUAUAACUGUCAUUGGGAAGAUUUUGUAUUUACUGACUUGGUAAUAAUUAAACCGGUAUGGAUGUACGGAGUGCAACUUUUGGGUUCAGCAUCAAACUCGUAUUUAGAAAUUCUGCAAUGGUUCCAAUACAAUGCUUCGUAUGAUUACCAAUGCUCCUUGGUAUUUUAAAAGUGAUUGCUUGCAUUUUACUAAAAAUUAAAGACAGAAAAACUGUAAAGACAGAAGUUGCAAAUUCAAUGAAAACAUACCAAAAGCUUAUUCGGAAACGUCCAAAUCAACCAAGGAACCUAAGAAGGCUUAAGCGAUUUGUGGCACCACAGGAUGUCAUGAAAUAGAUACUAUAUAUUUGGAAAAAAACGCUGGAUAUUGCACCUAACAAGCCUUAUUGUAAAUACUUAAAAUAUAGCUGAAAAUCUCACGACAGAUUGCAGGAACAACUAAAAAAUCGGUUGUCUGCAAAGUCGGUUUACUGACGAUAGUUGAACGUGACAACGUCAUAAGAAAAUACUGAGGGAAUGGUUGCAUUUUUCAAAACAAAAUGUUCGUUUUUCUAAAAUACUAUUUAAUAAUCUUCAUAGACCAGAAUAUACUUUAUUUCUUGUAAAAAAGUUGGCAACCCUAGAGCGAGGAACGACGCAUGACGUCAUCUUUUUCGAGUGUGCAGCCGGCUCCAUCGAAUUUUAAGACGUUGUCACGUCAAAAAAAAUUAAUGACAAGUUAUCCCUUGACUGCUAUCUGUGUGUAUUAUACCCAUAACUCUGACGGUUUCUAUGUAGCAUCGUACCGGAACGCUAAAUCGCUUGGCGUUAAAUCUUGGCUGAUAACUAGCUAAGUAUUAUGAAAUUAAUACAUAUACAGAUGAACUAGUAGUAUACAUACUCGUAAUAGCUUGAUUCGAAAUAAAAGUUGUGGCUAUGUUAGUGUAAUAUAGCUUAUAUUUAAGGAAGUUGGAAAAGUACCAUUCUGUUUACUAUUUUUAUCUCAGUGUUGUGGCAACAGGCAUCUUUAGUUAUUUAAAAUAUAUCUAUAGUUCUUUAUGACUUUGUAUAUUUUAUAAUUUUAAGAAAGUGACCAACAUAGCAAAUGUAGUUUACAAAAUUUGGUAAUAAAUGUAUUAGUUGCUGCAUUUAGUCAAAUGUAUUGGUGGUUUAAUCUUGAAAUGAAACCUAAUAAACUAGAUUUCUUUAUGCAUCUUGAUUGUUAUGUCCUAAAUUUUGUCUAGAAGUCUAUAGUAUAUAGGUAUUAUUAAUAUUAGGGAAUUUGAUGAAAACUUUAUUUAAAAUUAUUUUAAGUUGUAGAGUGAUGACUGAGUGAAUGAGAUUUCCUAGCUAUUUUGCAGGUUCUUUAUCUGUCUUUAGAACAAUUGUCUCAUUAAAGGUUUCUGCAGCCUCUAUUCUGUCUUACGCGCAUAUUUUAUACCUUUGUUGCUACAUCUCCAUGCUGCAAAUAUAAACUGUUAAUAAUAAUUUAAAAAAGUUACCAGUUGUCGAGUUGCGUCAAAUUAAACUAUCUGUCUAUAGCUUGGCAAGUUCGUUGAUGACACUUCCAUGAUAUGCGGCCGACGGGGGGAAAGGUUGCGCGGAUAUGAAGUCAUGCGCGCGGGGCAUCGCUACGACCCUCCCGGCCCGCGCGGGCCAUAAGGAGUUUUACGAACGAAUUUGCCUAGCUAUAUGUAUAAUUAUGUGCCUUAUACAAUCGAAAAGUAUUAUUAAAAUAAAUACAUAUUUUUUUUAA